ACAUAUCCCUAUAUUUGAGAACCCCGCCAACCCUCUUUUCACUUCCUUUCCUUUUUUCAUUCCCUCACUCAUUCGGUCACAAAACCAGAAACAUGGACGCAGCUACACACCCACGCAAAAGAACGCUGGAACUCACCAUUUCCUCGCUGGAUGAGCUCCGCGAGGACUGGAAGCCCGCGCUGAAGAACCUGUACGUGGCGGUGCGGGCGGAUUCCAUCACCAGCUACGCCACGGGCACGGCGGAGGACUGCGGCGGCAACUCGUCCUGGAACGAGACGCUGGUGGUGGAGGUGCCGGCGCACGCGAGGUCCGUGACGCUGGAGGUGAAAUGCAGGAACUCGCCGGGCGUGAAGGACGUCGGGGUGGCGAGGAUUGCGGUGACGGACUUUCUGAGCGGCGCUGCGGCGGGUUCCGACGAGUGCGAGCGGUAUCUGAGCUACGCGUUGAGGGACUGGGAAGGGAGGCGCAGUGGGGUGCUUAACUUCUCCGUUAGGGUCAAGACUCCUCUCGCCGACGGAACCUCUUAGGGUGUUAUCGGCGUAUUUCAUAAACAAACUCUAUCUACGGUAAUCUUGGUCUUUGAAAUUGACUCACAUACACAUUCAUGUUUUCCUGAAUUAGAACCCUUGGAUGAAGAUAAGACAGUUCCCAUUUCAAACACAUACAAUCUGUUUGGAUACUAACUUAAUAGAGUUUUUAGGAGAUAUUAUACACAUGCAUAAAGCUUGUGCCUACCCGUGUUGUUGAAACAAGGAACAUAUACACAAAAGCUAAUCCAUAAUGUAAUGAUGGAGACUAUAUAUAAGGUAUUUGCAUAGAUUCUAGCGUGUCAUGCACAUAGCAAAGUUAUGAAAAAGAUAAAGAAGAGAGAAAUAGGGAAUGGGCGAGUAAUUGGUGUUGAAGUUCUAAGGAACCCACUUGUUUUUUUAUUUUUGGUUUUUUUGGCGAUGAAGUAACUCGCUCAGGGUGAAAGGGAAUCUAAUAAAUGAGAGGGGCUUUGGAUAUUAUGUAAUGGAGAAAAUCCAUAUAUUAUUGAUUUACAAUUAGUUUCCGGGUGGGUUG